GUUCUCCAUCUUCAAAUCUCCUUCAAGCCGUCAAAGUCAUGUCUCGCGAGUAUGAUGAAUUUGACUAUGAGAGGCAAUCAAAUUUUGAUACUGUUAGCUCUCAAGCUUCCUCUGUCUCGGUUGAUGAUGCUAGUAAUACCGGCACUAUCAAUCCUUCUGUUAAUAAACGUCAAAGAACCGCAGGUAUAUGGAAGCAUUACACUUUUUUUGUAAAGACGAUAGGUAAUGAAAAUGUAGAUUAUGCUCGUUGUAAUUUGUGUGGUAAAGAAUAUAAAGCACCUGGUAAAGCGGGUACUUCAACUUGUAGAGCUCAUAUUAAUGCAUGUUUGGAAAAGCAUGGUCUCCAGUCCGGUAACGAAUCACAAUUUGAUCAAAAAAACUUAUUUACAAAAGUUUGCUAAAGCUAUAAUCUGCCAUGCAUAUCCUUUAAAUAUUGUAGAGCAUGAAUAUCUUAGGGAACUUCAUGCAUAUUUGAAUCCUAAGGUGCAGCAUUUCUUAAGUUUUUGUUAAAAUAACCAUUGCUCGGUGAUGUAAAUCUGAGAGCAAUUUUAAAAAACAAAAGCUAUAAUUUUGAAGUUGCUUGAACUUGUUAUGAGCUGCUGCCUGCUGGUAGUGCUUUUGCCUUUUGGUUGUUGUCUCUGCUGAGUUGUUAUUGCCUAUAUUGUUGCCUGCAUGAGCUGGUUCCUGCCUCCUGCCAGCUUGAGGUGCUGUGUUGCUGCCUUUUGUGUUAUGAAUUUAUGAUAAGUUUUGUUGCUGCUGUUUCUUAUGCUUGCUGUUUUAAUUUUUCUUGAAUCAUCGU